AACUUUUCAGUCGGUAUAAAUACUGUCCAAGUUUAGUCUGCGUCUGGUAGUUCUUAAACUUAAUUGUAAUUGAAAUAUUUUGUUAUUUUUAAAAGAAGAGUUAGCAAAAAAAAAUAUUACAAUGGAUCAAGCUUAUGAAUUUUUAAAACACUCAACUGGUAUUCAAUACCAAGUGAUUACAGCCUUAUUGAGAGAAUUUGAAAGAGACGUUAGCCAAAUGAAGGGCACAGUGAUGGACGUUGGUUGUGGUCCUGGAAAUAAUACGAAGAAUUUGAUUUUACCAAAAAUAUCAAAAGAUGCCGUUAUGGUCGGACUCGAUAUCUCGGAGAAAAUGGUCGAAUGUGCACGAAAAUUAAAUGCUGACGAAAAAGAACGCCUAAGUUUUGAACAAUUGGAUAUUGAAAUAAAGGAUUUGCCAGCCGAAUACAAGGAACGAUUUGAUCACGGUUUUUCCUUCUUUUGUUUUCAAUGGAUUCAAGAUUUAAGAAGUUGCUUUGGAAAUAUUUAUAAACUUCUGAAACCCGGAGGAACAUUCAUAAGUCAACAUAUUUUAUUAUUUAAUGUCUACAAUGGAUAUUUAACACUAGCUGAACGUGAUAAGUUCAAAGAAUACAUUAAGGAUGUUAAGAAAUUUAUAACUCCUCUUUAUUUUGUCGAAGAUCCACGAGAAACUUUUGUAAAAAUUUUAGAGGAUAUUGGUUUUCAAGUGUUACAUUGCAGCAUACGGGAAAAAGUAUCUGGCUAUAAAUGUCUAGCUGACAGAAAAGAACUCUUUGCUUCUGUCAAUCCUUUCGUUCCUCUUAUGCCGGAAGAUGUGAAGAAUGAAUACAUGGACGCUUUAAUCGAGGAAACUUUGAAGGAAGAAACUGUAAUGUUUAGAAAAAGUGAUGAUUCUUCGAAUGAGGAGAAAGUAUUUGAUCUCUAUAAAUUAAUUAUGUUACAUAUUAAAAAGCCAGAAAAUAAGUUCAGUCUGCGUCAAGUAGUUGAAUUUAUUUGUAAUCGAAAUAUUUUGUAUUUUUACAAAAGAAAAGUUAACAAAAAAAAUAUUAUAAUGGAUCAAGUUAAUGAAUAUUUAAAACACUCAAAUGGCAUUCAGUACCAUGUGAUUACAUCCUUAUUGAAUGAAUUUGAAAAUGAUGUUAGCCAAAUGAAGGGCACAGUGAUGGACAUUGGAUGUGGUCCUGGAAAUAGUACGAAGAAUUUAAUUUUACCAAAAGUGUCAAAAGAUGCGGUUAUAGUCGGACUCGAUAUCUCUGAGAAAAUGAUCGAAUGUGCACGAAUUCUAAAUGCUGACGAAAAAGAACGGUUAAAUUUUGAACAAUUUGAUAUUGAAGCAGAAGAUUUUCCAGUCGAAUACAAGGAACGAUUUGAUCACGGUUUUUCCUUCUUUUGCCUUCAUUGGAUUGCAGAUUUAAGACUUGCUUUUGAAAAUAUUUAUAAACUUUUAAAACCCGGAGGAACAUUCUUAAGUCAAACUAUUUUAGUGUUUAAUGGCUACAAUGGAUAUUUAAAACUAUCUGAAUCUGAAAAGUUUAAAGAAUACAUGAAGGAUGCUAGGAGAUUUGUAACUUCUCUUUAUUUCGACAAAGAUCCAAGAGCAGCUUUGAUAGAAAUUUUACAGGAUAUUGGUUUCCAAGUGUUACAUUGCAGCGUACGGGAAAAAAUAACAGGCUAUAAAUCACAACUUGACAGAAAAGAACUCUAUACUUCUAUUAAUCCUUUCGUACCUCGAAUGCCGGAAGAUGUGAAGAAUGAUUUCAUGGACAAAUUAAUGGAGGAAACUUUAAAGGAAGAAAAUGUAUUGUUUAGAAAAAAUGACGAUUCCUCCAAUGAGGAUAAAAUAUUUGAUCUCUAUAAAUUAAUUAUGUUUUAUAUUAAAAAGCCGGAAAAUGAGUUUUAAUUUUAUUAUAAUUUAAUUUUGCAAACGUCAAUCAAAAAUUUUUA